CGUAAAGAAGAAAACAGUGAGACCAGCUUCGUGAUCCCUUUUUACCAGCGCUCUGAUCCCACGGACACCUGUAAACCAGUAUCAGCUGUGCUCUACGACUGCAGAAACCCCCAAGAGAACCAUCGAGUGUGGCGGUUCAGUGGUCAGGUUGAAAGAGUAACUUGGAAUCAUUUUUCACCUUGUAAUUUCUUAGCAAGCACAGAGGAUGGUUUCGUGUACUGCCUGGAUGCUCGUUCUGAUAAGCCGCUGUUUACUCUGAAAGCUCACGAUGAGGAGGUGUCAGGGCUACAGCUGAGCAGUCAGAUCAAGGGGUGCCUCGUGACGUCAUCUGCUGACAAAUUUGUGAAAAUCUGGGAUAUCCUAGGAGACAGACCCAGUUUAAUCCAUUCCAGGGAUAUGAAAAUGGGUGUUCUCUUCUGUGCAGCUUGCUGCCCCGACUUCCCGUUCGUUUUUGCCUUUGGAGGGGAGCGAGAAGGGCUGCGUGUUUGGGAUAUAAGCAAGAUUUCUGCAGUGAAUGACGUUUUUGGGAACAGAGAGAGACUUGUUCUGGCUAGUGCCAGCUCCGUGGCCGGCAGCAGCAGCAACGAUCCGGAGACAGCAAUGGAAUCGUGA